AUGGGCUUGUGCGCCCGGGUGGCCGUUUCCUCCACUCCCUCAACCACCGCGACCCUCCCCACCCGCACCCCGCGCCCUGGCUGCCCCCACUCCGGCCCUAUCCGACCCUCCCCGCCCGCGCCCCGCGCCCCGGAGGCCCCACCCCCAGCGGCCUCAGGCGCGCAGCUGCGGGACACACAAUCGCCGUCGCCCCCUCCGUGCCCCCCGCGCAGCCCCUCGCCCAACAAAAGCCGCUUUCUUUCCCCACAACAGAUUAAAGGCCAGGAGGGGGUGAAAAAUAGCUUCUCCAGCCCUGGCGGGGGAGGGGCGCGGGAAAAGCUGGGGCUUUGGGGACUCUUUGAUGGCGAGUGUGUGGGAAACCCGGAGGAAUGUGGCUGCUGGGACCGCCGCGGCAGGGCGAGGCGCCGGGAGGAGGGUCCGCCCCCGGGACCCCCACAGCCCCCGCGGUCCCGGCGCCUCUUGCGCCCCAGCUCGCCGAGCGUCUUCUCGCGCUCUCAGUCUCCGUCUCUCUCCCCCUUGGCGCCCCUGCUCUUUCUGUCUCCCCUCUCACCCAGCACGGGCAAAGAGAAGACACACAUCAAAGUCAUGAUCAUUGUGGUCGCCGGCCACAUGGAGUUGGGCAAGUCCACCACGACUGGACACCUCACCUACAAAUGCAGGGGCAUCCACAAGAGGACCAUCGAAAAAUUCAAGAAGGAGGCGGCUGAGGGGAGCAAAGGCUCCUUCAAGUACGCCUGGGUGCUGGGCAAGCUGAAGGCAGAGUGGGAACGUGGCAUCACCACCGACAUCCUGUGGAAGUUCCAGAAAAAGGAACAUAUCACCAUCAUCGAUGUCCCUAGUCACCGCGAUUUCAUCCAGAAGGUGAUCACGGGCCCCUCACAGGCAGACUGUGCCAUGCUGACUGUGGCAAGUGGUGUAGAUGAGUUUGGUGGCAUCUCCCAGAAUGGGCAGACCCGUGAGCACACGGGCAUGUUGCCGGCCUACACGCUGGGCGUGAAGCAGCUCAUCAUGGCGGUCAACAGGAUGGACAUCACAGAGCCGCCCGACAGUAGUGAGCGCUUAGAGGAGAUCAGCUGGGAGGUGAAGGCCUGUGUCAAGAAGAUCGGUCACAACUCUCAGGCUGUCGCCUUCAUGCCCAUCUUGGGUUGGCAUGGGGACAACAUGAUAUUAAUAGAACCUAGCACCAAGGUGAGGGCUGACUGGGGCAGAGCCAGUUAA